AUGACAGCACAGCGAACGCUGGCAUUAGUUGUCCUGGCCUUGGGCAUCAUCUUCUAUCGCUCCGGGGCCCUCAUCAAGAACUGCAUCCUCAUCCGGUCUCCGCUUCCUUCAGGCUACAUCGCCGGCGCUGACUACGCCUCCGACUGUACAACGCUCAAUACACUCGCUGCCGACCCGGCUGACGCACCAACGCUCAACUCUUGCGAGGACGCCGUGUUCUGGGAGCUACAUGACGUGCAGGGCAAGGUCGUCGAGCGGCCCGUGAUACUGAGCUGUGAUGCGAACCGCAAGUCGUGGAACACCGUCAUGGGCCCGAUGCGCGACCCCAACCCGCGCGGGGCGCUGUGGAUCUACGUUCCGCCCACAGGGACAGGCGCAGACGCACAUCCGACGAAGAAACAGGCUGCACGUCUUCUCGCAUCAAACGUACCUAUGAACAGAGCCCACCGGCUCGAUCUCAAGGGCUAUCCGGCAGGGCACGACUUCCACCCCCUGGGCCUGGAGGUCUGGCCGUCCCGCGCGGGGGAAAAGUCGAAUUUGUACGUUAUCAACCAUGCAAGGGAGCGCACGGUCAUCGAGCAGUUCGUGCUCGACCCAAAGGCGCCGACGGAGGCUGUGUACGUGCGCACGAUCAGCUCGAGGUGGUUCCUCUCCCCGAAUGGGCUCGCGCUGACGGGCCCCGACGCGUUCUAUGUGUCGAACGACCAUUUGAUGACAAGGAGGCUGCCGAUUGUGGGUCAUGUUCUGCCGGUCAUCGAGUCAGUGCUCGGCUUGCCGCUUGGCUUCGUCUUGCACGUCGAGUUGAACACAGCAGAGUCGUCCGAUGCUAUCGCGGAAGUGAGUCUGGCAAAGCCAUUCAUCGCCUUCCCCAACGGCAUCGCCAUCUCAGAGUCCGGCAAGGAGGCCGCCAUCGUCUCAACCUCCCUCAGCCAAAUCACAGUGUUCGAGCGCGACCCCGCCACGUCCGUCCUCUCGCGCAAGAAAUAUGUCGCGACUGUACCCUUCUCCCCCGACAACAUCCGAUACACUCCCGGCCUCACCCCAAACCACAAAGAAGCCCUCGUCGUCGCAGGCCAUCCCAACUUCCCCGACCUCACAGCCGUCGCAGCCAACAAGACCGGGGCGUCAGCCAGCUCGUGGGUUGUUGCCAUCCUGCCCAAGGAGAAGGACGCGAAACCUGAGGCGAGCUUUGAUUUGGAGGCAGCGGUGUCGACGAACACAAAGAUAACGAAGGACGGUGCGGAGUGGACCCUGAAGACGCUGUUCCAGAGCCACGGGAUCGAGAGCGAGCGCGGGUUUGGUGGUUCGACGACGGGUUUGUUCGAUCCAGAGUCGAAGGCACUUUAUGUCACGGGCCUGUAUGCUACUGGUGGUGUCUUGAUGUGCAGGCCAGGUUCUGGGAUUGGGAAGAACUAG